GUACUUCUUCCUUCUAGAUGCAAUUAGCAUACUAUAAAUCUACGUCGAAAUGCCAACCAAACUUACAUACUCUUAUCACAAUAUAAAUAAAUAUAUAUUUCAGAAAUCACUCUCAUCUAUACACAAUUCUUUCAUUUAGCGGAUAGCACGUAUGGCACACACUAUGCCAAUUUCAAUAACACAUCACAAGCCAAAACUAGUAGUACCAGCAAGUGUAACACCUCGUGUGACAAAACACCUUUCAGACAUAGAUGAUCAAGGAAGUCUUCGUUUUCAAAUGCCGGUGUUAAUGUUUUAUAGAAAUAGUCCUUUAAUGGAAGGGAAAGAUCCUGUAAAGAUCAUAAAAGAUGGAUUGUCUAAAGCACUAGUAUUUUACUAUCCAUUAGCUGGUAGGAUCAUUGAAAGGCCUAAUAGGAAGCUUAUGGUGAAUUGUAAUAGUGAAGGAAUCUUGUUUGUUGAAGCUGAUGCAAAUGUGGAGCUUGAGAGAUUAGGUGAUUCUAUUAAACCACCCUGUCCAUACUUGGAAGAGUUACUAUACAAUGAACCAGGUUCUGAUGGGAUUAUUGAUUGUCCGUUAAUGUUAGUUCAGGUGACUCGUUUUAGUUGUGGGGGAUUUGCUGUUGGAUUCAGACUUAAUCACACUAUGAUGGAUGCUUAUGGAUUCAAAAUGUUUCUGAAUGCAUUAAGUGAAUUAAUUCAAGGAGCUUCUGCACCUUCCAUACUACCUGUAUGGCAAAGGGAUCUCCUAAGUGCUAGAUCACCACCAUGCAUUACAUGUACUCACCAUGAGUUUGAUGAGCAAAUUGAAUCAAGAAUUUCAUGGGAAUCUAUGAAAGACAAGUUGAUAGAAGAAUCAUUUUUCUUUGGAAAUAAAGAGAUGGAAGCUAUUAAAAGGCAAAUUUCUUCAAAUUGUGAAGCUACAAAAUUCGAGUUAUUGGCUGGGUUUUUAUGGAAAUGUCGUACAAUUGCACUUGGCUUGCACCCUGAAGAAGUUGUUCGUUUGACAUACCCUGGUAAUGUACAUGGAAGGUCAUUAAAAUUUAAACUGCCACCUGGAUAUUAUGGGAAUGCGUUUGUUACUCCAACCGUGAUGUCAAAAGCAGGAGUGUUAUGUUCAAAUCCACUGACAUAUGCAGUUGAAUUGGUCAAGAAAAUUAAAGAUCAUAUGAAUGAAGAGUAUAUUAGAUCAGUGGCAGAUUUAAUGGUUAUUAAAGGACGACCAGAGUUGACAAAUUCUUGGAAUUUUAUUGUCUCAGAUAAUAGAUUUGUUGGGUUUGAUGAAGUUGAUUUUGGAUGGGGAAACCCUAUAUUUGGUGGGGUUCCAAAAGCUAUUUCUUUCAUUUGCUUUUGUGUGUCUGUUAAAAAUGACAAAGGAGAAAAAGGUAUUUUAGUACCUAUAAAUUUGCCUCCAUUACCCAUGAAAAAAUUUCAAGAAGUUUUCUACGAGACUCUCAAAAAUUUAGAAGAAGUCAACAUAAUUUCAAAAAUAUAAGUGUUUUGCUGUCUUUAUUUUCACCCAAUCAAAUGCAUGUUUUAGGAAUGGUAAUAAAAGAACUAGGGAGGUUGUAAUAUCCCAUCCAUUUCCUAUAAGAAAGUACUUGUCCAUCAUGAAUAAUAUUUUAUAAAUCGACAUUAUGUUUAGCAUUCAGAUAUAUAUGAAAAAAUUAUAAGUGUUA